GAAGAAGAGUUUAUGUUCUCAGGAAACCUUUGGUCUCAAUGCACAAAGCUCAUACUACAACUUAACAAAAACCACAGUUAAAGGUUUCAGCUAAACCUCCCUGCAGUGAGUGUAAAACUAACCGACCUCUUCACGGACAACAAUCUCCUAUCGCAUACAAUGAUUUUCAUCUACAUGAUAAUGCCAUUUCUGGUUCCAGUGAUCUUAGCAACAGGGAUAUCAGAAUGCAACAUAACUCAAUGUGAUAAAGAAUGUCAAUGUUAUGGAGCAACUGGAGAACCUCUGAAAUUUUACCUUCCAAUUCAAACUGCAACGAUUAGGUUGAUGAAAAAUAAUGAAGUACUUUUCAAAUGUGGAAACAACACACGUAAGGAAACAACUUUGAAGCACAUUAAAUCCUCUGAAUUUGUCAUAAGUAGAGCACUGAAGUGUGAUCACAUCAUAAUGAACGACUCUGGAGUUUAUCUGCUGCAGCUACAUGAUAAUGAUGGUAAAAUCAUCAAGCAAGUGAACAUCAGUCUUCAGAUAAUAGCUCCAGUUUCACAACCUGAAAUAUUUCAGAAAUGUUUGUCACCAGAGCAGAGGACAGUCGGCUGUUCAGCAGAGGGAGACGACACACAGUUCUCCUUUUCUCUGGAUAAUAAUCCGUUACUACACACUAAACCUGCCAGUGCAAACAAUAGAAGUGUCACCAUCAGUUUAAAUGGUCAGCUGGAGGGAAACCUGGAGUGUAAAGUCCAGAACAAGGUCAGCAGUAAACAGAUCAUUGUCCAUCUUUCAAGUUGUGAAGAGGCACAUUUUCUAGCUGUGAUCGUCUUAGGAAGUGCAACCGUUCUGCUUCUUCUUUUGGUUUUGUUUCUUGGCAUCAAACUGUUUAAGCUGAAAAUAAGAAGAAGCUCCACCACUAUCACAGAAGGUGAUGCUGAGGAGGAAAUAGUUUAUUCAGAUGUCAGAGUGAAUCAGGCUGCCAGAAAGAGGGAUGGUUAGGAAGAGGAAGGAAUGGAUGUGGAACUAGAAGCUUUUCAUUUCAAGUUCAUGAAAGGAACUACACAUAAAUGAAACAUAAAUACUUGUGUAUAGAUCAAUAAUUAGACAUAUUUUACUUUCUC